UAUAGUAAAUCAUAUUAAAUAUUAUAAUAGAAAACUCUGGAAUUGCACUUCAGUUUUUUAUUAACAGAGACAAUUAAAAAUAGGGGUGCAUACUUAUUGAAACAAGGUAAUCAAGGUUUAAAGAGUAGCUAUCUUGAUGAUUCUUACUUUAUUGCUACAGAAAACAGAAGAAAAGGCAGAUCUCAAGAAAAUAUAAUGCAUAAUGUGGUAUGAAAAAGCAAGUUUGGGAAGAAGUAGUAUAGUAGAAGUCCAUUGGUUUUUUAAAGAAUGAGUUGCAGAGGCUCUGGUGUUUAAAAUAAGGCAUGCAUGUACAGUACUUCUGAAAAACACUGUUUAUUGGCAAUAUUUGGAAAAGUGCACCUUUGGUAAAAUUGCUUUCUUUUUUUGUUCUCUUUCCUUUUUAGAAAAAUGAAAUUCAGCCAAACUUUGAGUAAAUAAGUAUGGGCCCAGAUGUGCCUCUAUUGAAUGACCACAAGCAAGAAUUCCUCUUAAAGCGACUUCCGCAGACUUUUCUGGGUGGCCCUCAAUUUAAGUUAGGAUUCUGUGCACCUUCUUACGUCUAUUUGAAUCAGAUUCUUCUCUUCUUGAUACCAUGGGUUCUAGGUGGAAUUGGGACGCUUAUGUAUCAGUUAAGGGUUCUGCAGGACUAUUGCACAGCUGCACUUUCUGGAGGACUAAUGCUUGUUGCAGCAAUUAUUGUUCAGGGAAUAAAUUUGUAUGCCAGGCAAAAAACUGCACCCAUAGAAAGAAUGCAUGUCCACGGUGUACUAAUGGAGGAAGAUGAGUGGGAGUUUUCUAGCUGUAUAGGUUCAGAAACAAUCAAAUUUAUUAUUGCAGGCAAAAAAUAUGUAAGUAACCUAUUUUUUCACUCACUUCUUGCUGGAGUACUAUGUGGCUUAGGAACUUGGUAUUUGCUGCCAAGCAGAAUUGCCUCCUUGUAUGGAGAUAAUAUUGGAACAACUGUUGUGAUCUUCAUAUUUGGAUGGUUGACGGUGUGCAUUGGAGAAUAUUCCUUAAUUGUUAAGACUCCUUCAGAGACUGCUACUUAUCAAGCACUGGACACUUAUGAAAUUGUUCCUCUUAUGAGACCAUUCUACAUUUUUGUCUUCAUUGCAGUGGAUCUUGCUCACAGAUUUGUUGCUGAUGCUCCAGCUUUAAAGUUGGUCAAUCAGGUUAUGCACAUCAUAUUUUUGUCUUUGCCUCUCUUAUGGACUUUGGGGAUUCUGCCUCCAUUGGAUGCACUUUUUCUCUGGGGAAUGGAACAAGUGUUGGAACUUGUUUUAGGAGGCUCGCCUAUGUCAAGUAAUGUAAGGCUGCUAGCAAUGUUUAUCAUUUCUUUGGGAACAGCUAUUGCAUCUUACUUCAUCCCUAACACGCUUGGUGUGGUUCUAUUCAUGACUGGAUUUGGAUUUAUACUGAGUCUUAAUCUAAAUGAGAUUGGAUUAACCUUCAAGUACGCUAUGAUCAGCUGCUUAGCUUCGAGCAAGUUUAAAAACACAUCUUCCUGUAGAAUACAGUUUGUAUGGAAAGAAUUAAUUUUCUAUUUCACUGUAUUGACUGUUGCUCUCCUGGAAGCUGGCUUGAUGCACUACUUCCUUGGUUUUCAGACGUUUACCAAAACUAGCCUCCAAGCUGUAAUUAGUUACAUAUUGAUAAUAUUGCUUCUUGCUAUGUGGAUUCUCAGAGAGAUUCAAACGGUGUAUUUGUUUGGAUUGUUCCGAAAUCCCUUUUAUCCAAAAGAUCUAAUGACAAUGAAUGUAUCUGGAAAGAAGGAAAAGAACCUCAAGAAAAUUGGUAUAUUAAGAAAGAUUUUACUAACUUUAGUGUCACCAUUUGCUAUGAUAGCAUUUCUUUCCAUAGACAAUUCUCUGCAUCAUCUGUCAUCCAUAUAUAUUUCCAUUGGGCUUUCAAGAAGCUUUAGAAUGGUGUGGCAAGAUACAGAGCAUGCUCUGAUGGAUAUGGUGGUGGUGUCUACAGUGCAGUUGCUGGUGUUCACUACUGAUCUAUGGUGGAACAAAAGCAUUGAUACAGGAAUUAGACUCUUGCUGGUUGGAAUUAUUCGGAGUCGGCUAUUUCAGUUUGUUUCAAAAUUGCAGUUUGCAGUUACUGUUCUCUUGACGUCGUGGACAGAAAAAAAACAACGCCGGAAAUCCACAACUACUCUGAUUACACUGAACAUUGCUUUCCUUCCAAUUGUAUUGGCCCUCAUAGUGCUCUCUUCAUUGCUGUCUUCUCCCUUGAUACCACUUUUCAGUCUCCCAAUAUUUUUGAUUGGCUUUCCCAGACCAGUCCGAAGCUGGCCAGGACCUGUGGGCAUGAUGGCCUGCGUAGGUCCUGAUGCUGUAUAUUAUCAGCAGAUGAUUCCAAGUUUGAGGACUGCACUGCAGUCAGCAUUCUCAACAGGCAGUUUAGGUUUCUGUUCACCUGGAUCCCACUACUUGUGCCGAUUUCAAGACAGACUAGUAUGGAUCCUUGUUUUAGAAAGAGGCUACACCUACUGUUGUCUUAAUAUCAAGGGUUUAGAAUUGCAGGAAACCUCCUGUCAUACUGCUGAAGCUCACAGAGUUGAUGAUAUUUUUGCGAUGGCCUUUGAACAUGAGGAUCAUAGUCAGAUUUUCUCCCUCAAUGAUCAUUAUGGAAAUAUUUUAACACCUUGUGCUGUUCUUCCUGUGAAACUCUACUCAGAUGCCAGAAAUAUCUUGUCUGGAAUAAUUGAUUCCCCUGAAAAUCGGAAGCAGUUGAAAGAAGACUUCAUAAAAGUCCUCUUGUGGCUGCUAAUCCAGUACUGCUAUAAGAAGUCAAAAACACCUAGGACUCUUGAAAAGAUGUCUAAGUCCCAGCAGGAGUAUUCUUCAGCAGAACCUGAAGUUUUAAACAAGGCAGUAGAAAGACCAGGUUCAUGGAAAGAUGAAGAUGGUCUCAGUGUGGAAUCAACAGAGGAGUGGACUGAUGAUAGCAAUCUCUUUGAUGCUGAACCCAGCAAAAAAACAUUCAAAACAAGUGUCACACUAUCACAAGGUGAUUCACCGAGACCUUUCUAUUCUCUUCCAGGCUCAGUGGAAAUACACACUACAGAUGAUGAACUACUUGAAGUAGCCAGUGUGAAUAAACUCUAUAAAACUGUUGUUCUUGGUCUUCCUGCUGUAGAUGCUGGAAAACAGUGGGGAAUUAUGGAUUUAUCUCCUAUUAAAUUCAGUAACUUCUAUUCUGAGCUGUUAAGCAUUCCUGAAGAAUGGAGAAGUACACCAUUAUCUGUUGCCAAAUUCCAUGAAAUGAAGCAGAAGUUUCCAGUAGAGUGGUAUCAUUUUUUACUUCACCAGCUAGACCUAUUUCAUUUGAAAGAAAAUCCUUCAAAUUUACUUAAAGAUCUUAUUAAGGACACUGCUUUGAAGGAUUUGUAUGUCCAGAGUGCCUUAUCCUGUUAUAUUGCAAUGUUUGGAUUAGAUGAUACUGUUGUUUCUCCUGGUCAUAUUUUCAGAGCCUACAAUGGAAGCCUUCCAUGGUCAGUCUGUUUGGACUGGUUAAUAGGAAAGCAAGAGUUAUAUCAGCUAACACUAAAAACAUUCAGAUACACAGUUAAGCUUAUGGUUGAUAAAGCAAGCCUGGGUCCAGUUGAAGACUUUAAAGAGCUGCUGAAAUGUCUUGAAGAAUAUGAAAAUGACUGGUACAUUGGUUUGGUGUCUGAAAAGGAAUGGCCACAAGCUGUUUUACAAGAAAAGCCAUAUCUCUUUUCUUUGGGGCAUGACCCAAAUAUGGGAGUUUAUACUGGCAGGAUACUCACCCUUCAGGAAUUUCUAGUACAAGUGGGAAAACUGAACGAUGAAGCUGUCAGAGGACAGUGGGGGAAUCUGUCGUGGGAGCUGCUUUAUGCCACAAAUGACGACGAAGAACGCUAUAGCAUCCAGGCACACCCUGUACUCCUGAGGAACCUGACCAUACAAGCAGCAGAUCCCCCUCUUGGCUAUCCUGUUUAUUCCUCUGAACCGCUUCACGUGCCCUUCCUGUAGUUCCAAGGAUUAGGCCACUUCAUUCCUUCUGUGAAAAUUGUUUCAGUUGCAAAAGGAGCACUUCUUUGGAGAUUUUGAACAUUAUCUUUCAGCAUCAGGCUGGCAGUGGGAGAAGAUUUAAUGUAGGCAAUAAGAUAAUUAUGUAUUUUAAUGACAUAAAUUGUGUGUCUUACAUAAAGUCCUCCAAAUCAUUACCAAUGCUGUAUUGACAAGUAGCUUCCACAGAGAUGUGAGUUAGUUUAUGUACCUUAAACCAUAGUUACAUAUUUUACUGUAA